AUCGCUUUUGAUUGGUUUUCUUUGUAUAUUGCAUAAUAAUGUAACGGUCAGCAGCUGUCUGGGCGCCUAAAUUAUCAUACAGUUCGUUAUUUUUAUAGUAUUUUGCGCAAGUUACCUAGAACUUAGAAUAUCCCUGAUAUAUCAGUGCUAGUUUCACGCAAUGUGAAUAGGUGUGAGAAAUAAUACCAGUAAUUAAUUUAAAAGACUGCUUCCAAACUCUCAAUACUCUUAACACUUGAAACUCCAAUAUAUUUUAGUGGUUAUUUUAUUCAAAAAUGUCCUUUAGUAAGGCAAAAAUUCAAAGAUUCAACGAAGUAAAAGCCUAUGCACCUAGUCCAGCAACAUACAAACCUGAAACCAAACCAAAGCUCAAAUCUAGUUGUCAACCACAUAGUAAUGUACCAGAUUAUGCUUCAGUUUCUGAAACUGGAUCUACACAAAGCGUACCAUGUUUUAGAACGCCAACAAUAAUGAAGAGGAAAAUCAAAGGUCCUGAUCAUGCCACAAAACCAAAAGCUCAGCAAAAGCUCUUCAACGAAAAGUCCAGUGAACAAGAAGCCUUGAGGGAAAAAAUUGUCGAGUGCGAAAACAAAAAUGCCUUCAUUAAAGAUUUGAGCCAGCAACUUGAAGAAAUUACUGAUGAAAUGAGUAAACUUAAAUCACAGAAGGAUCGACUAGAAUUAGAUAAAACAGAUUAUGAACAUGCAAUUGAAAAUCUAAAUUUAAAACAUGAAGAUGAACUGAAGAGGCUACGAGGUGUAUUUGAAAAUAUAAUGAAGGAGUUGAAUGAGAAGAAACUGAAAAUGACUGAAGAAAUUGCCCUCAUAAGAGAGGACUACGAAGAAUUUAUUAAAGGCAACCUGAAAGAGUUAAUGGAGCUCCGAGACCACUGCGACAAGUUUCCCAAACUUUUCAAGGAAUCUUCCGAAGAAUACAUAAGACUCAUAAAAUUCAAGGAAGCACAGUUAGAAACUAAGGAAAAGGAACUACUUGCUUUCGAACAGAGUUGCAUUGAAAUGCAGAACCAGCACUCAGUUGAAAUACAGAGACUGAAAAAAGAGCACCAUCUGGAGAUACAAGAUAUUGAAUUUGAGAUGCUGAAGGUUAUGUCUGAAUUGCAAAGCGAGAAGGAAGCUUCAUCCAAUAAAAUAAGGUUGAUGGAAGAUAAAGUGCAUAGGGAAAUUUCAGAGCUGAAGAAUAGUUUUGAGGUUGAACGGGAACAAUUGAUUUUGAGGUCUAGAGAGGAAUUGAAAAAGGUGGAACAACAUUUCAAGGAAUCCAACUUGAUCACAGAAGAUGAACUCAAAGGAAAACUGACCAAAGUAGAGACUAACUGGAAAAACAAGCUAACAACUCAAGAAAAAGAAGCUGAGGCUAUUCUCAAGGAGUGCCAAGCAAUAAGCGAGUACAACAUCAUUCAGUGUGAAAUAGAGAAGAACAAAAUAAAAACUGAUCUUCUUCAAUCUACUGAAACUCUUCAAAGUGUCCAGGAAAAAUACAAUCAAACACUAAGAAGUUAUGAAGAACUUCUGACCUUGUACGAGACGUCAAAGAAUAAAUUUGAUGGGGCAGUGAAGGAGCUGAGCGAUAAAAACGAAGCUUUACGUAAGGAGUUGGAAGUGAAAAAUGAAGAAAUGGCUCAGAUAGCUAAAGAGCGAAGUACCUAUGAAAUAACAAUAAAAAACUCUCAGGUGACAAUCGAAGUGCUAAAACGUAGACUCAUUCACUCUGACCAGGACGUGGAGCAGCUGAAACAAGAACUGGCAGACUGCGAGGGGAAAAUUCUAGAAUUCGAGCAAAAAUGCUUGCAACUAACUUCUGACCUGAAGGAAACCCAAACAUUCAACGACGAGCUAGAAAUGCAAUACGAAUCUGCCAUCAAACUCAACAGAACUGAGAUAGACAAAAUGAGCAUUGAGCUGCUAAGCAAAGUCGAUGAAUACAAGCGGGAGGUGCAAAGGUACUCUGAGAAGCUUGAAUACGAAAAGAAAUUAAAGAAUGAGAUCAUGCAGCAGCUUCAUGAUGCUCAUGAUAUGAUUAACAGGUUGAAAGUGGAUCUGGACAACGUUGAAACGUUACAUUCUCAAUACAAAUUCGAGGUAGAGCAGUCUCAAAACGAGCUUGAAGACUACCACAUGCGUGAAAUGGACUGGAAUAUUGUUAAAGAUAAGCUGGAGCACACCGUUGAGCAGCUGCAGGAGUUGCUCGAGGUUAAGGACCUAGAAACUAGCGAGUUGAAGAGGAAAAUAGCCCAUCUCGAAGAAAAAAGUGAAUCGUACCUGCACUAUUCAGAAUACUACCAGCGUAAACUUAAAGAAUAUGAAGAAGAGCAGUUAGAAACGGAAAAUAUCCACAGAAAGUAUAUCGAAAUGUCUGGAAAGUACGACGAGUUAUCGCAGAAGUUUGAGGACUUGGAAGCAAACAAAGUUCAACAUCAGUGUAACUUUGAACAGCUAGCCAAGCAAGCUGCGGAAUCAAAGCAUUGGGAGGAGGAGUUUGUCAGGCUGAAGGAAGCUUAUGAAACACUUUUCAAGAAAUAUGAAAAUUUGGAGAAAGAGAAGAAGUACUCAAAAAAUAAAGUUGAAGAGCCAAAUACUAGAUCUCGAUUAGAAAAGGCAGAAGCAGAAAAUGAUGUGUUAGUCAACAGAGUUAAACAUUUGGAGAACGAAUUGAAGGAAGUCUCUCAAAAGUAUGCAGAGUUAGCUGGGCACCAGAACAGUAAACAGAAAAUCAAACACCUCAUCGACCUCAAGGCUAAAAAUGAAGAACUUGCACAGAGCAACGUGGAUUUAGACCUCAAAUUACUAACCCACAUAAAGACGAUAGAGAAGCUGAAAAAGGAAAACAGCGAUCUAAAGAAACUCGUGAAGAAAACCAAAUUAUCCAAGGAGGAUAAAGAAAAUUUCGGGAGUCCUAACCGCUCUCUGAACUCAAGUAGAAUUGAGUCUCCGUUUCGAGACAGGAAUUAGAAUUUUCGGACGGUGUUUGAAUAGAUUUUAUUUAUUUUCUAAGAAGUUAAUAUAUUCUAGGAGAAGCGGUAAGAAGACUUUGUUAGCUUUAAUAUUGGUUUUUAGUGUUGUUUAUCUGUACAAGAAUCCAUCGAAGGUCACUUUUGAGAGGUUUAUGUAUGCGGCAGAGGGUUAUGUAAAGUAUAUUUAGGUAGAAGAUUUUUAUUAUUUUGGGGAGCGAGUAAAAGUAUAAUAGUUGAAGUUCAAUAAAUGACAAUUGAAAGAAAUGGAGAAUAGUAACUUCAUUAGUCAAAUCAAUUCUGAAUAACUUCAAUAUGUUUCUUUUCUAAAAGAAAGGAGAAAAAAUAUCAAUCAAUUUUUUGUUUUACGGCAUAGACGCUCUUGUGAAAGGAGUUUUUACAAUUUCUUCCUAUUGGUUUGAAUGAUAGCGCUAAGUUUGGAAACUGCAACCAAAAGCAAGAAAAAGAAUUAUUCUGUCUCAAAACACUGUCCAAAAUAAUUGGUGAUCUAGUGGGUUUUUAAUAGAACAAAAAUUGGUGGAUCAUAAACUAGCUUCAUCUAGAACUAUUGAAGUUGUGCCUCACUUCCUGAAAUUGUUUGUUGUCAAUUUUUGUCACUUUGCUCAAAUGUGUCCUCUCGUAUCAACAACAUAUUCAAAUCUUCACUGCCUUUAUUUUCAUGUCAUUCCAAGAAUUGAAUUGUUGAAAACUUUCAUUUAUGAACCCGUUUCAUGUAUCAUUUUUAUUAAUUGUUGUGAGAAAUUUGAAAAUAUUUUGAGUAAAUAUUCUUACAAAAUGGCGAAGUUUAAUAUUUAUUGAAAAUAAAUAGUUUAAUGUAAAUUCAUUUCUUCACAACAUACUGUUAAUGUACAAGAAGUUCAUUGGAAUUGAUCUCAUUGUUAAUUUGUUGUGCACUGGAAAGAAAGAUUUUCUGAUUCCCACUAAAAGUAUUUAAUAUUGUAAUCCUUUUUUAUAAAUAAAGGAAUUCUUUUGGUUU